AUGCUGGUCACUUUGAUAGGCAGGUCCAACGUUGGCAAAUCGUCGCUUUUUAAUGCUUUGGCAUCUCACAAUUCAAUUCUCCCCAAUGUAAUGAAGUCCAUUGUUUCAGACCAUCCCGGAACGACUCGUAAUGCGAAGCAUGGACAAUUCUUCAUAAACGGGAAGAAAAUCUCACUGAUAGAUACCGGAGGCAUUGACUCGCUCGUAUAUCCAUUCGUCAAUCGCAUACAGAAGCAAAAUGGGAGUCAUUGGCUGUCGAGAAUUGAAGAAGAUGCUGUUAGAGCCAUCAAAAUGUCGGACAUGGUUCUCCUUGUUCUUGAUGGCCAAGAAGGCCUAACUCCCCUAGACACCAAGAUAGCAACGAAAUUGCGCCUAUGGUCAAUGGGUACACCAGGAGGCUUCAAGAUGAAUUUGGUAGUGAACAAACUAGAUAGAGAAGGUUCAAAGGAGUAUUAUGAAGCCUUAAGCAAAUGCUUGUCGGACUGUUACUCUCUAGAGCUGGGAGAACCCGUCUUCGUUAGCGCAGCGGAACGGACAGGUAUCAAGAAGCUACUUGAUGUAAUAUCUGAUGGCCUAAAUAUAGGGGGCACUAAGCAAGUCGCUAACCUGGAGGACAUGGCACUUAUGGCGAACCACCACGUCUACCAUGAGCGUAGCACGGAUGAUAGCGUAGGUGAGAUGUCUAUGGCACAGGCCGACAUCGAUAGAUCUAUGCGUGUUUUUUCUCCAGUACCAAGCUCAUUUAAACCACAUGAAAGAUGGAUGCGGCUAUUGAACAACGUUUGUGAUACUGUUCCAUUCACUAUUGCAGAUGAAGGUGAUUUUGUAGUACCACCUGUGUUGUCCCCGGGUGAAAAGAUUGCCCAAAUGUACAUCUCCAAAUCGACCAACCAUAGAAUGUGCGUGUACCAAGUAGAAAGCGAUCAAACUGUGGAAAGUACGAAUAAUGAUGCAGCAUCAAUGACACCAAAAACCGAAGGAACAUCAAACACCAUAUUACCCCUGCGUAUAGCAUUGUUGGGAAGUGUAGCAAGUUGCCAAGACACACUGGCGAAGCUUUUGGCGAAUUCGAAAAUACAAGGCGCAGUUGGGCCUGACUUCAUCAGUGAUACUCUGUCGCCAAAUUGGCAUCAGUACUAUGUUCAGUGGGGACGUGACAAUUGUAAAUUACCGAUCACUCAGCCUGUGGAACUCUAUUCCACUGCGGCGCUGAACUUGGGUGGUAGCAUGGGAAGGGCUGCGUCUAUGCAAACACUCGCUUUGGUACGAAAGGCGGACAUCAUUAUCAUGUGUGUUCAGAACACGGAUGAAAGACAUGCGUGGAAGGUGCACCUUACGAAAAAGGAGUGUUCGUGGGUGUCCCGUAUCAUCCGAUCUCACAAACCGAUAGUAUUAGUGGUUCCAGCGCAACAGCCUCCAAAACGGAAAAUGGAACUCGAUUUAUCUAAUACAGGUCAUGAAUUUGAUGGGAUCCCUAUAUUAUCCAUUCCUAUGAUCAAUGCAGUUGGAGAUAAUACCUCCGACCAGCCUACGCCAGAGAUGCAACAGACGGCAUUGCGACGCCUCAGAAACGAGGUGUUGGCACUGGUUAGGCGAUCUAGACAUUUGGUAGAAACAAGCGUCUUGAACAAUUGGUUGCGAAAGUUCUUGGCGAAGUGGCCACCGCCGUGGCAUGACGGCGCAAAGGUCAACGUUAAAUUCGCCGCUCAGGUGAGAGGGAGUCCACCGACCUUUAUCAUGUGGUCAAAUGUAUAUGGUGUAUUUCCGCAACAUUACAUGAGGCAGAUGAAGCGUGCUAUAUCGGACGAAUUUGGAUUCAAAGGUGUGCCACUUAAGUUCAUACUACGAACAACGGCGGAACCGAAAUCCAAUGGUCGCAGGCACAACCUGUCAUGGAAACGGAAGCUUCAUAGUGACUGA